GCCACGCGGGGGCGCUGGGACAACGGCAGGUGUUGGAGCCGGGGUUCGAAUCCCAGGCUUCCUGGGCCGCAGACUGCCCUGGCUGGCCCCAGGACCUGUUUCUUCUCCCGCAAAACAGGGUUAAUAAUCACCGCCUGGCUCUGGGGGCUGUGUUCAUUAUUCCAAAGGAUGGAAGAUGGGGAGAAGUGGGAUUGGGAAAUAUUAAAGAAGUGUGAGAGGUGGUUUCCUUGGGACCUUGAGGCACCGGAAGCGUCGUGGAGACCCUGUUGAAGACGGACUUCCGGUUUGGCUCACCGUAGGGAGACGGAUUGGUGCACUAUGGAUUUGGGGUCGGCCUGGGAACUUUACCUCCCUGAGAACUCAGUUUCCUCACUAUAAGCUGGGGAAAAAAUAGUACCUACCUCCUAAUUUGACUGCGUAUGUCUACAAAAGUCUAAAGAAAUCACCAGAGAUGAUGAAGGCUUGGGAGGCUACAUUUCCCAGACACCUGCACGGGGCCUGCCCCUCCAAGGGGCCUACAACUCCCAAGCACCCUUGGUCCACUGACAUCUUCCGGAAACGCGCACGUGCAAGCUGCCCGCAAUACGUCAUGGCGACCAGACGCCUUUUCGGGGCUACCCAGACGUGGGCCGGCUGGAGGGCCCGGGAGCUCCUAAACCCCGCCACUUCCGGAAGACUCCUGGCCCGGGAUUAUGCCAAGAAACCAGUUAUGAAGGGGGCCAAAUCAGGAAAAGGUGCAGUGGCCAGCGAGGCCCUCAAGGACCCCGACGUAUGCACAGAUCCUGUCCGGCUCACCACAUAUGCCAUGGGCGUCAACAUCUACAAGGAAGGGCAGGAUGUACCCCUGAAACCCGAUGCUGAGUACCCUGAAUGGCUGUUCGAGAUGAACUUGGGUCCCCCAAAGACCCUGGAGGAGCUGGACCCGGAGAGCCGGGAGUACUGGCGGCUGCUGCGGAAACAGAACAUCUGGCGCCAUAACCGGCUGAGCAAGAACAAGAAGUUGUAGCGUGGUGGGCCUGGCACCCCAACCCCUGCGCCGGGGCCUUGCCGUUUUCCCAGAGGACUUGGACUCUUGUGAGACAAGAGGCGGCUCCCCAGCCUGGGUUUCCAUGUGACCCCACAGUGGGGCUGGACCAGGGCCCUGGAGGCCAAUAAAGACCUUUCUGGGUA